CUCUCUUUCUCUCUCAGAUACAAUUCUUUCUCCCGGCUGAAUCAGGCCUCCCUUUCACCCCGUCUUGUCGAGUCUGCAAUGGGCCUUGCGGCCGUGCCCAUUCCGCUUGUCUCUGUACAUGCAGACGGCUUGCUCUUUGUCUGGUCGUCGUGAGAAUCUAUGGCGGAUUGCUGCUGCUGCUGCUGCUGCUCGGCUCCCCUGUCCGCCCGCUGACUUGCAGCAAACACUCUGCACGCCGCCAUCCAAGAGUCUCUCUCUUUCUCUCUGCCUCCAUCUCUCUUCCCCCUCCCCCCCACACAAACAACUCAUUGAUUGAUUAAACGCUUUCAACUUGUUUGUCUCGUCUGCCGGCAUCAUGACGGGACUAGAAGUUCCCGAGGGUGGCCUGCUGCUUUGCAGAGAUCACCGGCCUGCCGAUCCGGCCUCCUCGAAACCUACGCAGAUCAUGCGGCUCAAUCUCGCCCAGAGUACUCUUGACGAUCUGAUCCAUUGUCUGCGGAACGACCAGAAAGCUCGCAUCCGGCUCGGGAAAUACCAAACCCUCUACUACGGCUCCAAAUCACAACCUUUCCAUGCUACCCCCGAAGCUCACCGGUCGGAGCUAUACCAGCAAACUACCUCCUCCUCGCUCUCGACCGCCACUGCAGAGAAAGAGAAUCUAUAUUUUACCGGGGUCCUGAGCCAUACUUUGGAGGUGCAAAAGGCAAAGGAGGCUACUGCGGCAACGGAUCAGGCUCUGGCCAAUCUUGAACAGAGCCUGAAUGCCUUUGAGCGCGGCAAGGAGUUCAAAAAGACUCAUAUAAUCACCAGCAUCGAUGAGGUGCGAGCCCUCAAAGCGGGUGAUAGCCGCUCGAGCACCGGCCGUCAGGCUGCCUUGCUGGCCCGCGCCCCGACCAGCCGAAUCGAAAUCGAAAAGGACCGCUUCUUCAACAAGAAUAACAACAGUAGCAACAACAUCGCCGCCGCUGCCGCCCACCGCUCCCUCCCCUCCAGUCCCGCCUUGAGCAUUCCUCGCUCGCCGGGCGCCGCCUCCGUCCCUCCGCUCCACCCGACCUCCGCUCCGCCAUCGCAGAAUAAAGACCGCAUCCGCUUGGAGGCUCUUAAGGUUCCCUUCAUUCACCUGCUCGCCAUCCGUGCAGUCUCUGCCAAGUUCCUCGCCAAGCAGACACGCUCCUCCCUCGACGACUGCCUCAUCUUGGCCCGGAAAUAUGCUGUGGAGAAUCGGAUCGACCGCGAGAAGUUCGAUCUCCGAGAUAAGGUCUACCGGGACCUGGAUAUAUGGAACUUUCCUUACCAGUCCCAGGAGGACCGACAGGAGGCCAUUGAGAAUGCCAUCUCCGCGUUCGACCGGAUGCGAAUCUCCCGGACCGACAAGCUGUGGCAGAUGCUUCUGCCCGCAAAAGAACGCGGCAAGGGAAAAUGCCUUUCACGGCUAGACCUGCGGACUGGUCCGAUCAAAAAGGCCGCCACACCGCGGAUCCAUGUCCAGGGCGCGGACGACACGGGCAAGGAAGGCUACAGCACCGGCACAGAGACGGUAGACCGUGGUGGUGGUGGUGGUGGGAACACGGGUGGCCUGACCCCUCAGAUUGCAGAAAGGACGGCAACUCCACGGGUGUCGUCGGCCACUAGCACUCCUACGACGACUGCGCAGAAAAAACGACCGGGUGAGAAGGAGACCUUGGCCAAACGGACUCCAAGCAGCCACAAGGCCACAACCGCUUCCCCCGCUACAGCCGCUAGCUCCAAGAGUACCAACAACAGCACGUUGACCGGCCGAGUGACGAAGAAGACGACGGAGCGGAAACCAGUGGUGGGCCCCAAGGUGAAUGGGAAGUUCAAAUCCGCCGAAUUCGUCCACGAUUCGGAUUCGGAUGACCUCGAGUCUCGCUCCUCCGAGGGCCCAGGUACGAAGAAACAGCCGCUGCCUCCGGCGAUAGAGAAACCCUCGGCCAGCAUCAAGACGGUACCUACAUCGAAACCGUCCAACACAGCAGGAACACUGCCUAAGGCUACCACUACCGCUGCCACUGCCACUGCCACUGCCGCCGCCGCUCGCCCACCCAGCCGACCCCUCCAACCCAACUUCACCGCCAUUGCCUCAAAGAGGCUCCCCUCGGUCGAGGCCUCCAAGCGGCUACCCUCGUCUCGCGCGACCAAUUCCACCUCGCCUCGCAAACCCUCUCCCCUUGGAUCUUCUCCGACCAAUGCGUCAGACUCGCACGCCGGUGAUCGCUCCUCGAGCCUCAACAGCACCUCGUCGAGUUCCUCUUCACCGUUGAUCGCACACCUGUCACGACCCACGAAACCAACGAUUAAAUCGACCGCAGAUGCCUCCCUACUUUCUUCUGGUGGUAGUACUGCUGCUACCACCAUCACUACUACUGCUGCUACUGCUGCUGCCAUGCCUUUAAUAAAGAACUCGCUGAAACGCAAGGCUGAACAAGACCGGCCAUCCGUGGCCCCCCCUCCGACCGCGGGUCGUGUCACGGGAAGUCUGGAGCACAAGCGGCGUCGCGCCUUCAGUGCAUCGACAGUUGCGGGAAAAGUCACAAAAGUUCAAGCAAAACUACGCCAAAUACCGCUCGUUGCACGACGCGAUGGCGUCGCACCCGGACCCUCCGCGGGCGGACCUGGAGCGGCUGCAGAAGCAGCACGCGCGUCUUCUUCAGGGCGCAGCGAGAGCCAAGCCCCAUGCAUUUAAGAUAAUGAUUGAUUCCCUAGCAUUCUAAUUAGACCAUACUACAUAAAAAACCAUCAGUAAUGUCAUUACAUGGGUCCAAUAAAUCAUA